AAAUUAUCGUAACUUUUGUUAGUAUAAAUAUAGUUGUUUCAUUUUAUUGGAGAGAAAAAUAUUACAUGCUACAGUUAUAAAAAGAGCUAUCGGCAAAAUUAAUAGAGUGCAGACGAAUUUAUGUUUUACUGUUCUUGUGAUUAUAACAUUAUUACCAAACCUAUUGAAGCAUUUUGUGGAGUCUUAGUUAAGUACUCACUGGUAUGGUUAAGUCAUAGGAGAGAACUAAGGGGGAAAAAAGUAGAACAUAAAAAUGUGGCAUAGAUUAAAACCGAAAAAAAAAACCAACAACGGCAAUAGUUUGUAGAAUGUUAAGGAUUGUUUAGACAUGCCAGGUAAUGAUAAACUGUCGAACACAAACAGAUGUUCUUCAGAUGUUUUAUGAAUGGAAAAUUAGCCGAUAUAUGUCAGUAGGUAGCGAAAAACAAUACAAUUGGGGAGUAGAGUUUGACAUGGGAGUAGUACUUGUUAUAUAAUUAAUACACCGAUUUAAUCAAUGGAGUAUAUUCAAGGACUGCAGAUUAAAAGUGAGCAAGAACUUAGUAAAAACAACAGAUGUUUUAACGAGUUUUUGAGCUAUUCUGAACGGGAGCAGUAUUAUGGAGAUCGAAACAAACAUUUUCAAAGUGAGGCUAUAUGCUUAAAAAGAAAUUUGAAUAAUUUUACAGAAAAGUUUAACAAUUUACCGACGAUACAAUUAAAACAUAAUGGAUUUGGAAAAAGAAGUAAUGGAAAAAAUGAUAGUUUUAUGAGUGACGUUAAACGCCAAAACAUGCGAAGGGUUGAUUUGGAGAGUAUUUCCGAUGAAGAACACUUUCAGGGGUUCGAUGAUAUUGAAAAUCAUCGUGAAAAUCAUCGUGUAAUUACAAAUGACUACAGGUUUAUGAAUGAGAGAGGUUUAAAUAGAAGGCGACCUGACAUGACCCGUUCCUUAUCAUGCAAUGUAGACAAAGAUGUUAUACUAAGUCGCUGGCCUCGGGACAAUUACAUACAAUCGUAUUCAUGUGCAACUAAACAGUAUGAUGUCAUGAUGGCAGCUGAGGAGGAAGGUGCUAUGAAUUUAAGUGCUGAGGGGAAACAGCCCAAGGAUGAGGGAACCAGCGAGGCAGGAACCAGUCAUGUGAAUUCACCAGUCGGAAUGACCAAUGGCGAUACAGAACAUCUUUCUCAGGGAAUGGCAUCACCUCAGGAAGAAACUCGGUCAACAGGGACACGACAAAAGUCAAGGUCAUCUGAUGGGAGAUCUCCUGACCUUGACCUUGGUGUAGGUUCAAGUCAGCACCAGACAUUACUGAUGUUAGCAGCACAACAUGGACUUGCCCCUCAGCAGUUACAACAGAUAUUGAUGGCACAACAGGGAGCUGCGGCCCCACCUCAUCUUCAGCAGCUUUUACAGGCACAGCAGUCCGCUGUUAUGCAACAACAGCAGAAGGCUCAGGAGCAGGCGUUAGUGCAGCUGAACGAGCAGUUACAGUUGAAUCUACUGCAGCAGUCGCAACUUGUGCAAGACAAGAAGACGAAUGGCAAGCAGACGCAGCAACAACUGCAGCAGUUGGCAUUACAGCAGCAGCAGAUCGUCCAGCAGAUACAGCAAAUACAGCUACAACAACGGCAGCUCUUGUUGGCAUGUCUCAUGCAACCAUAUACACAACAACAAGGUAUGAUGUCACAAGCAGACAUGCACCAGGUUUGGAAAGAACUAGCAUCAUCUCAGGUAGCCAAUGACGACCAUCUCAAGGCGGCCCUUCCUAAUGGGACCAAUUUAGGGGCCAUGAACGGGAGUGGACUUGGUGUGAAUCCAUUAGUUCAGGGAUCUUUUCUAGGAUUGAACGGUGUUACCCAGGAUUCCUUCUCUUUAGGUGCUAUGAUUGGACAGUCAGGUGUUAGCAUAAAAUCUGAGGAAGGACUAAGUCCAUUGUAUAGACAUGGGGUGUGUAAAUGGCCUGGUUGUGAUACAGAGUGCAGCGACAUGACUUCAUUUACCAAGCAUUUAUGUGGCGAGCACACGCUUGAUGACAAGAACACAGCACAAGCCAGGGUACAGAUGCAGAUUGUCUCGCAGUUAGAAAUACAGUUGACACGAGAAAAGGAACUAUUACAUGCUAUGAUGCAGCAUCUUCACACGCAGCCUCAGAGAAAAAAUCAGGAACAUUUAGACCAGAAAGCCUCAGAAAAAUCUGUCAGUUCUCCUAAAGUGCCAUCCAGUAUUGUAAGUCCCGUGAAGCCAUUAUCUGCAGGAAAUAACUCUCUACCUGUACUUCCACCAAAGAAGUCCUCAACAAUGCCUCACUUGAGUACAGCAGGUUCUGGGCUUGCACCCCUAGUGAUACCUCCACAGUCUUCUCUAUCUUCAAUGACCUCAGCCGGCCCAGGCAGCCUUUUAUCUCAAUCUCAGCCCACCACCCCCACAGGGGGCCUUGGACCAAUGAGACGCAGGGUUUCAGACAAGUGCAAUCUACCAAUAUCAGCAGAAAUCCAAAGAAAUCGAGACUUUUAUAAAAGCACAGAUGUUAGACCUCCUUUCACGUAUGCAUCAUUGAUUAGACAGGCUAUUAUUGAAUCCGAGAAUAAACAGUUGACGCUGAACGAGGUAUACCAAUGGUUUCAGAAUACAUUUGCUUACUUUAGACGGAAUGAAGCCACUUGGAAGAAUGCUGUACGACACAACCUGAGCUUGCAUAAAUGUUUCAUGCGAGUAGAGAAUGUCAAAGGUGCUGUGUGGACCGUAGAUGAGGUGGAGUUUUACAAGAGACGACCCCAAAAACUUACAGGGGCCAUACCAAGCAGUCCGUCAUUUGGCUCUGAGGGUGGUAUCUAUGGUGAUCCUAUCAAUGCUAGUAUAAGGGUUGCUAUGGAGCAGACUUCCAUGAUGUUGAAUCAUCAGAUGAGUAAUGGAAGCAUGACAGAAGGUGUGGAAGAUCUGUCAAUGAAGAGUCACAACAAUAGUAAUGAUAGUUUCAUUAAAUCUGAGUCCCCUCAAAGAGAUGAUAUGAUGUUUAUGAGACCAGACUCCCUGAUGUAUCAGGAUGAUUCAAACAGCUCACCUCACGAUUACAGCAGUCAAGGCCUAGAUCUCAGUCCGAAAUCUAGUCAGAGUAGUCCUAGGGGGCAGUUUAACAGCCUGGUGUACAGUCGCGCAAGCGAACAAUCUCGGCUACAGUCUCAGGAACCAUCUGUGUCUGAAUCUACAAACGGAAGAUACGGCAAUGGUUCUUCUGAUGAACAUUUUGUGCACCAUCAAGAACAUUAUUCUAGACAAAAUGAAGAGUCUGCUACUAAUCAAGCUGGCCUAGAUAUGCAAAUUAGUCCUCAAACUACCCAAUCAGAAGCUCUGAAUAUGAAAAUGGAACCAAAAGAUAAUGGAUUUGAGAAACAAGAGGCAGAUAAUGUGAUAGAAAAUGGCAGAGAGACUGAUGAUUAUUCAGCUAAUAGAUCGCCCCAGUGUCAGAGAGAAUCACCAGUAGAAAAUCGAUUAUUAGAUCAAAAUAUUCAUUCUUCAUACCUCUCUAGUAACAAUAUGGUAGCAGUUUCACAUUCCAUGACAUAGUUGUCUCCCUUUUAUUACCAUUUCUCCUUUCUAAAGGGAGUUAAAUGAGAUAUAGGCUUUUUUUUCUAACUUAAUUUUGUUCUUUUCAUUAUAAUGUUUAUAAAAAAGAUAUGUAAAUGUUAGUUCAAAUGACUUUGUAAUAUUAUAAGAAUAGGUUUUGCUAUUUUUAUGGACUAUUUAGACAUUGCUAAAUAAGGCAUCUAGAAUGCAUUGUAGCAUAAGAAUUUGUUUAUUUUAUUGGUUGCUGUUAAUGAUCUUGUUAUACUUUUUUUAGUCAUUUCUUUAAGAAAAAUGUUGUCAUGUUCGCAAAGUGUAAAAGACUAGGAGUAAAAGUGGUCUGUUCUAGGAUCUCAUCUCAAAUUUAAGGGCAGGAUAGAGUUUUUGUUCGUCAUUUUUUUUGUCUUCAGAAUUAAUGCUCAGCUUUUGUGAAGGGUAAACUUAUUUGUUGUGUCAUAGAAACAUUUUUCACUAAAAUUCAUACCUGACAACCCUGCAAUCUGAAAUAGAUUAAUCCAGUACUGUAUGGAAGAAUAUUCUAUUAUAAAGGUUGUAGGGGUGGAAAUCUAAAUCAUUAAAUGUGUUUCCUCUAUCAUAAGUUAUACUGCCAGGGAGCUUUCAUCAUAAAAAUGUUGUUUCAUUUGCUGCUUAGUAUCAUUCUAAAAAUAGCAUCAUGACGUCAUUCUAUAAAUAGCCUACUAGCUUAAUUCUAAAAAUAGCAUAUAUUUUGUCUCAUUAUAAUAAUGUAGGUUUUGUCAAUAUCUUAAAUUGGAAACCUUUACACAAUAUUUUGUUCUUGUUUUAGAUUAGGAUAUUAAAAUAGAUUUCAAUAUAUAUUCAGAGUAUAUAAUGUUUUCACUUGACGGUUCUUCGUUUAAUAUCAUCUUAACCCAAAGCCUGCUGGCAGCAACAGAUUCUACCCAUGCGACCAGUGCAGACCAAGAUUAGCCAGAACAUUUGUGCCAUCUGAUCAUGGUCUGCACUGUUCCCCAUUCAGUCAGGGGUUCUUUUAUCUUUCCCCAAAAAAAUUAUUAAGGGUUUUGUCCAGAUUGAGAAAUAGACAAGAUGAUUUUUUGGGAGGGAAGAACCAUUUUAAUAAUGUCCUUCCUUAUUUUGUUGAUGUUUAUGUUGUUGUUAUUAAAUCAUGCAUAAUAUUCCUUAGUGAAGAUUUCAUGUUCAUGAUGUUUUUAUAAAUAAUAUCAUGCCUGUAUAAAUGAUUCAGAUACUUUUAUGGUCUUUAAGAUUUGUUUUCAAAAGAAAUUAAUUUUAAGAAAAUAACAAGUUUGUGAAAGAAAUAGAUAUAUUAAGGCAUUUGAACCAGUGCAGGCCAAGAUCAACGGGCAUAUCUGUGUGAUUAUGGUCUGCACUGUUUACUGCUCAGUCAGUACUUGUUUUAAAAUAUUACCCUAAAAAUGAUGAAUGGUUUUAUCCAGAUUGAAAGAUGGACAAGUCCAUUUAAGAUAUUUAGCAUGGUAAGGGGUUGAAGAUGAGUAAAAGAGAGGCUUAAUAACUCAUCAAAAAUAAAAAUAAUAAUCCCAUAAAAUACAUGUAUGUUUAACUUUGAGAAAAAAAACUAAUACAUGUAUAAAUAAUAGAUAUUUAACUGUUAUAUUAUUUGUAAAUGAUUCAAAAUAUUUUUAACCACAAAUUUUUACCUCAAUAUAACUGUGUUUCCCUCAUAAAUCAUAAACAUACUUUUUUAUGUCACCAUUGCUAAUAUUUAUAUUUGAAGGGAGACAACUCCUAAAAAAAUCACAAUUGUAACUUUAGAUAAACAUAAUUAGUUAUUCUUCACUUAAAUGAACUACACAAAUCAUACACAGAUUGAUAAACAUGAAGUUUUGGAUCUUUUCAAAAUGAAAUGAAUAAACUCCCCUAAAUAUCUUAAAUGGACUUGUCUGACUUACAGUCUGGUCGAAACCUUUUAUAGUUUUAGGAAAAAUUUUCAAGAUAAUAUUAUUAUCCUGCCUGAAUAUUACAUAAAUCAAGUGACAGUUAAAAUGGACAAAUCUGCAAAGGAUAAUAUUAAAGAAAAAUAGUUGGCAUUAAAUUAGAAACUAAUAGGUGCAAUUGUCAGCCUGAUAGAAUGAAAAGUUUUGGGUCAUUUUACACAAUAAAAAUGAUUAUUCUGGAAAAUACAGGGUAGGGUGAAAUUUAAGUUAUUGGUUAAGAUUUGCAUUAAAAAGUACACAAAUCUCGGUCAAAUAUUUCCUUUCCUUUGAAGUCAAAAAAACGUCAUUGGAGUCCCUUGAACAUAAACCAGUGGUAUAAAAUACCAUUGUAAAUUAUCUCCAGUGCUAUAUACUGGUAUCUUGCAAAUAAUGAAAUAGUUCUGACAAAAUGUGUACAUUAUUCUUGUAAUCUCAUAUAACUUUACCUCAAAUGAUGAAACCUUCGUUCAGAGAAUUUGUAUAAAAAGGGUAUCAGUUUGGUUGGCAUGAAAAAAAAACCCACAUGUCUAAUAAGCGUUAUUUUUUCUUUAUUAAUUGAUUACUUGAUUAGGUUUCAAGGAUUGUUACUAUGGAUGCGAUGUAUGGAAUAAUCAUUUUAUUUAUGUUCUAAAUAUAGCACCAAUGAUACAACUUUACCUCAGCACUAUAGGAACGUACCUCAGAACGAUGUUUUCACCAAGUUAAGAACCAAACAUAUUUUAUACAGAUUAUCAUGUACAAGCAUUGAAGUGUUGUUU